AUGCCUUCCUUCGCGAUCCGGCAGGAUAUACAACAGCGCUACAACGUCGACCGCCGGCACAUCUACGACUGGUUUCACAGCAAGGGUCUGCGCGUCACCAAGGAAGACAAGCGCGCGACCGUCGAGCAGAAAACCGAUGCUAUGCGCAUGCACGUGAGUUGUCUUGAGUGUGUCGCUGGCUAG